CUAAGCCAAACGCUAAAAAAUUAGUUAGAACUUACUGUUUUGCGGAUAAUCUUCUGCGAUUUUAUGGUGAAAUAGGAGGAGAAAGCGGAGCGUAGGGCAUGGAGAAAGCUGAGCGUAGGGCGUUUAUGGAGAUAGCUGAGCACGUUUACGAAGGUUGGACUUAUUAUAAGUCUAGCGCAGGGGUAUUUUCGUCCGAUCAAGUAACCCGACAUUUGGCCCGCCAAUUUAAACGACGUCGGAGUAACUGUAUCUGGUUCUCCGUCGAAUCUCUUCUCCGGCGAAUGAAAAUAUUCGAAUCAAGUGGCGAAUGAAGCGGAGUGGAUACAGAGGAUUGCAACUAGGUCGGGAUUGAGGUGUAGUUGAAUGACUGAUUGAUCAUUGUCCAAUUGCUUCUUCAAAUUAUUUCACAAUGAUGAAAAGGUUAGGAUCAAUCCGGAGCUAUGUCAAUCACAGCAUACAUACUUCUUUCAACAAUGAACAGUCAAGUAAUGAUCAUAUAAUCUUCUUAUGUAAGCAAAAGUUGUUUAAACGAGCUCUAGAGACAUUCGAGUUGUUACAAAGGAACACAUCUUUCAGUUUGUAUCCAAGCACGUAUGCUCAGCUAGUAUCCGCGUGCUCGUCUCUUAGAUCCCUGCAGUAUGCAAGAAAAGUUCAUAAUCAUAUAUUAUCAUCCAAUUAUCAACCAGACAUGAUUUUUCAAAAUCAUUUAUUGAAUAUGUAUGGUAAAUGUGGGUCAUUGAGCGAUGCUAGAAAGAUGUUCGAUGAAAUGCUUGAACGAAAUUUGGUCUCUUGGACUUCGAUAAUUGCUGGGUACUCGCAAAACGGUCAGGAGAAGGAAGCUGUAGAUCUUUACUUUCGAAUGCGACAGUGUGGUCUUAUACCGGACCAGUUUACGUUUGGGAGCGUAAUCAAAGCGUGCUCGUAUAUGAAUCAGGUGGAGUUAGGGAAGCUGUUGCACGGGCAUGUCAUUAAAUCAGAACCUGGUUCCCACCUUAUUGCUCAGAAUGCAUUGAUUGCGAUGUAUACAAAGUUUAGUCGAAUUAAUGAGGCAUUGGCAGUGUUCUUGCGUAUUAAAUCGAAGGAUUUGAUUUCAUGGAGCUCAAUGGUUGCUGGAUAUUCACAGCUUGGCUAUGAAUUAGAAGCUCUGUCUUGCUUCAGGGAGAUGCUUGGUCGGGGAAUCUACAAACUGAAUGAAUUCAUUUUUGGAAGCGUCUUUAGUGCCUGUAGAAGUCUUGCACAAGCAGAAUAUGGAAGACAAAUACAUGGUUUAAGCAUAAAAUUUGGGCUCAGUUUUGAUGCUUUUGUUGGUUGUGCUGUUACUGACAUGUAUGCCAGAUGUGGAUGGUUGCGUUCUGCAAGAACUGCAUUCUACCAAAUAGGAAACCCGGAUCUUGUAUCCUGGAAUGCUCUGAUUGCGGGAUUUGCAUACGGAGGUGAUCCCGAGGAAGCUAUAUCUCUCUUUUCUCAAAUGAGAACUUUGAGGUUGACCCCAGAUGAUGUCACAGUUCGUUCUUUACUUUGUGCCUUUGUAAGUCCAUCUGCUCUGUUUCUAGGAAAGCAAGUGCACUGCUAUGUUAUCAAGAGUGGCUUUGAUUUAGAGAUUUCCGUCUCUAAUACAUUACUUUCAACGUAUGCCAACUGUUCAGAUCUUCCGGAUGCAUAUAAAAUAUUCAAUGAGAUACAAAACAAGGCAGAUUUAGUCUCGUGGAACGCCAUUCUUACCGCUUUUCUACAACAGAGUGAGUCUGGAGAAGUCUUCUCAUUAUUUAAAAUGAUGCUUCUUUCUUCUAAUAAGCCUGAUCAUAUUACAUUAGUUAAUAUGCUUGGGGCUUCUGGAAAAGUAGCCUCUUUGGAAGUAGGAGACCAGGUUUGUUGCUAUGCCAUGAAAAAUGGGCUAAGUGAAGAUAUAUGCGUCAUGAAUGCUUUAAUUGACAUGUAUGUGAAAUGUGGAAAUAUGACAAGCUCUAGGAAGCUCUUCGAUAGUAUGAAGAACCCUGAUGCGGUCUCAUGGAGCAGUUUAAUAGUGGGGUAUGCUCAGUUUGGAUACGGAGAAGAAGCUCUAGAUCUCUUCCAGAAGAUGAGAUAUUUAGCUGUCAAGCCAAACCAAGUUACCUUCGUCGGUGUUUUGACUGCUUGUAGUCAUGUUGGACGAGUCAAAGAAGGGUGGCAGUUGUUCAGAGCCAUGGAAACGGAGUUUGGUAUUGUACCGACUAGAGAGCAUUGUUGCUGUGUGGUUGACAUGCUUGCCCGUGCUGGCUGCAUAGAAGAAGCAGAAGCUUUUAUCAAUCAAAUGGAACUUGAUCCUGAUAUUGUGAUGUGGAAAACUUUGUUAGCUGCUUGCAAAACACGUAACAAUCUUGAUGUGGGCAAACGAGCCGCAGAGAAAAUUUUGGAGAUUGAUCCCUCGAAUUCUGCUGCGCAUGUGUUACUCUGUAACAUUUUUGCUUCUACUGGAAGUUGGAAGGAUGUUGCAUCACUGAGGGGUCUGAUGAGACAAAAAGGUGUCAAAAAGGUUCCAGGUCAAAGCUGGAUUGAAGUCAAGGACCGGAUCCAUGUCUUCUUGGCUGAGGACUGUAUGCACCCAAAAAGGGACAGAAUAUACUCCAUGCUAGAUGAACUGUGGCUACAGAUGCUGGAUGAUGACUAUUUGCCCCUUCAUAUUUAAGUUUUAGGAGUAAAACAUUUGGAUGAGAUGAGUAAUGGAUAUACACUUCUUGCAAUGUCCACAUUGUGGAGUUGCACCCUUACAAAACCACAUUUUACUUAUGCAGGUGUUUGAGUUGGUUUUCAAAAUAGUAGGAGGUCUGGAAAGUGAAGUUACGAAAAAUUUGCGACAAGCUUGACUAGAGAAACAGGGAAGCAGCAAAUAUUCUUGUGAAAUGGUCAAAGCAGUCUGCUGUUUUCCAAAGAACAAGUUGCCAUUAUUUCAUAUAGAGUUGUAGUUCAAUUAUCAGAUUGCAGAUUAACUGAAGACACCAAGGAAGAUGGCUGCCAAUUUGGAAUAGAGAAAGAGAUGAAGAUAGCAACAGGGAGAAAAGUGGAAUUGCAAUCAAACUUUAGAACUUAGAUCUCUGGAAAUGUAAGAUGGCUUUAAUGCUUUUAAGGAGUGAAUGAAUCCUUGUUUAAGGAAGCUAUUUACCGCUCCCUCGAGACUUUGGUAUUUUAGAAAACCAAGGAGUCACUUCAAGAUUUGAUCAGUAGAGUUCUGUGAGAGUGUUCACAUCAAGAACAUCACUAGUAAGAGCAGGGCCUUGCACUGUAUGAAGGUCACAGCAAAAGCUAGUCAUGGGUAGGUCCACUCCUUUCUCACUAAAUGGUCACCAUGUUGAGGAAGAAGCAUCUCCUGAGGCAUCCUUUCAGGCAAAACUCUUGUGAAAUUUGUUGAAUCUAUGCUUACUGACUGAAAAAAAGGCCAAGAGACACUUCCAAUAUUUGUAGUCUUCCUAGACCACCUAAGGAAUUGAUGCAGUGUACCACCUUAAGCAACAGAUUAAACGAAUCACGAGCUGUACGAACUCUCAGAACCAUUACUUGAUACCCGAUAGGGCUGUCUCAUAUGCAGCCCCCUAUGGUUGGAAAUCUGUGAUUGCUCCUCUAUAUAGGUAUACCAGAAAGGCAUCAAGGGAAGGCCAUACUCAUCGUAUUCUCAAGCACAAAUGAACAACUCAUUACUGUUUGUUAAGAGAUGCAGCACCUAUGUUGCCUGGAGGUGUAGGAAUCAAAGCUGAUGUCUUCUCUUUGGCUAGACUCGUAGUUAGUUGUUGUGGUUUGGAGGUUCACUAAAUUGUAAGUGAAGCUUUGGACUAUUUGCUCUAAGAAAGUGGUUAAUGCGUAAAUUUUAGAAGAAAUUGCGUCUUGGGCCUAUUUUCGUGGUCAUCCAUAAGAAACAGAUUUCCAAUAUGACAUCACAUGGUCCAUAAAGAGUAGGACGAGGGCACUGCGGACUAACUUCAGAAAAUUCAUUGCAAACAGAAGGAUAUUAUAACUAGUUGCUCAAACUGCUUCGAAGCUUUGGCCUUAGACUGAAACGACCUCAGGUGGCUAUCUGGGUUAAUGCAUGUGCACAUAUAUGACUUGUGAGUUUUUGCCCAACAUGUUCUUUGUUUCUGGUGGAAACGGCUCAUCAACCUGUGUAAGGAUGUUAUUAUAGAUGUAAUACAUCAGUUCUAGAUUUCCAGGACCCUUGUUUA